ACCACACCCGACCCGUUUCGGCCCAAUAUAGCAGAAAUGGUUUCUCCUGUUUGAGAUUUUGAAUUAGAAUCUGCAGAGAAUUGGGGAGAAAGAAGGAGCCGAAAAAAUGGCGGGGAAGAAAGGAGGCUCCAGGUUGAACGUUGCAAUUAUUCAUCCCGAUCGGGGCAUCGGUGGAGCUGAAAAACUGAUCGUCGACGCGGCUGUCGAACUUGCAUCCCAUGCUUCCGUUUCUGGUAUCUUUCCAGUUACUGUAUAUUGUGCCUUCCUACCCCGACAUAUAUUCUAUCGACUCCAUGCUUUGUGUGCAUAUAUAUGGUGCUUUGUUGCUCUCUGCAUGCUGUUCAUGUGGCCAUUGUUUGAUGUAAUACUAGCAGAUCAGGUUUCUGUUGUCAUCCCACUGCUGAAGCUUAAGAAGGCAACAAAGGAAUUUGCUCCUAUUUCAUGUGAAUUGUUAUCUGGAAUGGCAGAUAAGAUUCUUGUUAACAGCAAACUCACAGCAUCUAUGUUUGCGAAGAAAUUUAAGCAUCUUGACGCACGAGGGAUUGAGCCAGCUGUUCUUUAUCCAGCUGUCAACGUGAAUCAGUUUAAUGAACCAGCCAAUUCUUACAAGUAGUGAACAUGCUAAAUUUUCUGUCUAUGAAUUGUUUUGAGAGGAAAAGAAUGUAGACCUGGCAAUUUCAGCUUUUGCUUUGCUGCAUAUGCUCGAAGGGGAUAUGCUUCAAGGCCUGAUCUGGCUGAAGCUUCCUUGAUAGUUGCAGGCAAGUUCCUACUUAUUUUCUCCCCUGAGUAAUCUACUAAUCUAAAUGAUUCUAUACGGAAAUGCAUGUUCCUUCAUUACCUUAUGUUUCUGUUGAAGACUGUUUAUCUUUUAGUUAGGCUAUGAAUAACCAAGUAGAAGCAUGCAGUAAUCACCCUGGUUGUGUGAUUAAGCUUUCCCUUAGUUCAUUUGCCUGUUGAGAGCUUUACGGAUCUUGCAAUUUAACAUUUGCAUCUGGAUGUGGAAAGACAUUCUUUUGUGGUUUUCUUGGUAAAUUAUGAAACAUUAGCCUAUAUCUAGAAUUUUUAAUUUUUUAGUGAAGGCAUAGACCAAUAGCCAAGCCUAGAAAUGUAAUUUAUGAGGAAGAAAAAGCAUAUGUAGUCAAAAUAGCAAUGAAUGAACUAUAGUGCUGUUAUCUUACAGUAUCUUAUGUCACCUUCUGAGCAGUUUUAUAAGCUUUUUUCUGACGUACAGCCGAAUCAGAACCCUGUAUGGGGUGUUCAAAUUUUCCUUUGUUAUUUGCGAAGAUAUUCCACUUUGUUUUGCAUGAAAUAUGUGAAUAUAUAUAUACAGAGUGACCAUCAAGUCCAAAGAAAUGAGCUAGCCGGAGAAGUUCCUUAGGUGUGGUUGACCCUGGUCAACCCUUGUCUGGGCCAUGUACCAAGAGGAAUCAAUUCUACUCCAAUGGCGUAUUGGUUGACUUUAAUUUAACAUUGAUAUACCCAUGUAUCAUUUCUUAAUUGAUUGGUACUUUUGCAUAUGUUCUGCACAUAUGGGAACGAUAAAUAUAAUACAUAAUACAUGUACGAUGUUUUGUUGAAUUAUGGCCAAAUGACAAAACAACUUUCGGCUAAAUAAAAUAAACAAAAGGAGGUAGACAACAUCAUUAUGUUUAUUGAAAAGAUAAAAAGGGUCACGAUGAUGUUUGUAGAAAAAAAAGGUAAAGGCUAGUAAGUAGCCUUAUUAUUGGUUUUGUUUUUGGGUGCUUUAAAAAGGAUGAAGCUUAGCAUCCAAAUGUGAGAGAGAAUAAGGAGAGCACCAUUUGUUUUAGUAGCCCAUCUUUGAGAGAGCAAAGGCAGCCACAUAGUAAUAAAGAGCACAUAUUGAUUUUUUCAGUAGCUCCAUUUUGGAGAGAAGAAGAAAGUGUGCCCUCUCAUUGUUUAGUUCUCACUCCAUCAAAGUUUUAUUAAUGUAAUAGCUUUGAGUUUUGUACAGAGAAGAAAUUAAUAACUAUAUUUCUUUCUCUAUUUGUUUUUAUGGUGUGAGAGCUAUUAGUUGUAUUGGGGUUUUGGGUUGUGAGCUUGCCAACACUUUGUAAACUCUCAUUUGGUAUUGGGUGAGCUUCUACUACUCCGAGGACGUACUCCAGUUAAACUAACUGUUGAGGAACCUCGUUAAAAUCUUGGUGUCUUCAUUAUUUUGUUCUUGCAUUUCAUUUGAUAUAUUUCUUAUGGGUUAGCUUGAGUUGGUUCCAAUUGGUUUGGUGCUAUCGUAGCACAACAAUUGGUUUGGUGCACUUGUGGUGAUGAAAGCUCAUCGAUGUGGUCAUUUGUAUCUAUUGCAAAGAAGCACCUUGACAGGUGAAGCAUCUGUAGUCUCAGAAAAUAUGGGCACAUUUGAUUCAGAUACUACUAGACUGUGGCAUAUGAGAUUAGGCCAUGCCGGUGAGAAAGCUCUACAAGGGCUUGUGAA